CAGCAACAACAGCGCCAGUUCAUUCAGUUCGCCAGCGGAUCAUUCAGAAUCAUUGUCAAGUGCAAUCCGCAGCCACCCGCCAAGUAGCUGCGACAGGACCAGGAACCACAGCAAUACCAGACACCACCAUACAUCGUAUAGAAGCGUUCGCCAAGACAUUUACAGUAUAAACAUUACCCAAGAGCCAAGAAAAUGCUGGCCAGCAAGAACUAUCCCACACAUCACUUUAAGGAAUCUAUAUUUAAGCCUUACAGUACAAGUGGCGAUGAUUUGGCAAGCGUUAACACAUUGGUGGCGACCACGUCGUCAUCGGCUGAUACUGUCGCAGUCGAUUUCGAGAACGCCCGCAGAAUGUUAGCCACCAACGGAGGUAUUGCCACCAACGGCAACAAUAAUAAUAACAACGACCUGGAGUCUAAAGACAGUUUGUCAGGCUUUGUGGCCAGCCAUCCGGCCGCCCAGUUCGAUGGAUUUAUCCGGGCCUGCAUCGAUGAGAUCAUCAAGCUGGCUGUGUUUCAGGGCACCAAUCGCUCCUCCAAGGUCGUCGAGUGGCACGAGCCCGCCGAGCUGCGACAGCUCUUCGACUUCCAGUUGCGCGAGAAAGGGGAGUCGCAGGAUAAGCUUCGUGAGCUGCUCAGGGAAACGAUCCGGUUCUCGGUGAAGACAGGCCAUCCAUAUUUCAUCAAUCAGCUGUAUUCGGGUGUGGAUCCAUAUGCCCUAGUGGGUCAGUGGCUCACCGAUGCUCUCAAUCCCAGUGUUUAUACCUACGAAGUGGCACCGCUUUUUACAUUGAUGGAGGAGCAGGUGCUGGCAGAGAUGCGGCGAAUCGUGGGCUUUCCCAACGGCGGCCAGGGGGAUGGAAUAUUCUGUCCUGGCGGCUCCAUCGCCAACGGUUACGCAAUCAGCUGUGCCCGCUACAAAUACACACCCGAGUCCAAGAAAAAUGGACUCUUCAAUGCCAAACCCCUGAUCAUUUUCACUUCCGAAGACGCCCACUACUCUGUGGAAAAACUGGCCAUGUUCAUGGGCUUCGGGAGCGAGCAUGUGCGAAAAAUAGCCACCAACGAGGUGGGAAAGAUGCGAGUGGAGGACUUGGAGGCGCAAAUUAAAGUGUGCCUGGAGAACAACUGCCAGCCUCUGAUGGUCUCUGCAACAGCAGGAACCACCGUGCUGGGUGCUUUUGAUGAUCUAGUGGGGAUCUCGGAUCUGUGCAAAAAAUACAACAUGUGGAUGCACGUAGAUGCUGCCUGGGGUGGUGGAGCUCUUAUGUCCAAAAAGCAUCGACACUUACUCAAUGGAAUCGAACGGGCUGAUUCCGUGACCUGGAAUCCCCAUAAGCUGCUGGCCGCAUCCCAGCAGUGCUCCACCUUCCUGACACCCCACCAGCAAAUACUGGCCCAGUGUCACUCGACCAAUGCCACGUAUCUAUUUCAGAAGGACAAAUUCUACGACACGUCCUUCGACACGGGUGACAAACAUAUUCAGUGCGGCCGGCGGGCGGAUGUCUUCAAGUUCUGGUUUAUGUGGAAGGCCAAGGGCAGCCAAGGAUUGGAGGCGCACGUCGACAAGGUCUUCCGCAUGGCCGAGUUCUUCACCGCCAAGGUUAGGGAACGUCCGGGCUUUGAGCUGGUCCUUGACCAGCCGGAGUGCACCAAUAUCAGCUUUUGGUACGUGCCUCCUAGCCUGCGACAAAUGGAACGCAACCGUGAGUUCUACGAUCGCCUGCACAAAGUGGCUCCCAAAGUCAAGGAGGGAAUGAUCAAGAAGGGUUCCAUGAUGAUCACCUACCAGCCGCUCCGCCAGCUGCCGAACUUCUUCCGGUUGGUUCUGCAAAACUCCUGCCUGGAGGAAUCGGACAUGCUCUACUUUCUUAACGAGAUCGAGUCGCUGGCCCAAAACCUAUAAACUGUUUAGCCGGUGGAAGCGGCCGCUUGUUUCCUGGCUUCGUGUUGCAACAUUCUCUUUAUCUUGUAUGUUAAGUAUUAUGGCGACAAAAAAUAUAUAUUUUUAGGUGAUUUGAAUUAGAUUAAA